AUGGCGUCCGAGUCGGAAUCAAAGCGGGUCUCUUUGGCAAUUUCAGACACUAAUCCCCCUGAAGAGUUCGAGCAAGGAAGCGGGCGUGCAACUCGUGCCAGGACUCGAUUGGUCGUCGAAGGAUUAUCUAACAUUGCAAUAAUAGCUAUUUUCGCUGCUGGCAUUCAAGCCCAGCUCUUAUCAGUAACAAAUACGGAGGAUGCUGGACCGGUAGCAAUCGCCACCAAUGCAGCUUUCUUCGGGGGGCUCAUCUUCUCAGCAUUCACUGCUGUAUUGGCCACACUGUCCGCCAGGUGGUUUUCCAUACUAAGAGAAGAUGAUGCGGACUAUUUGUCUAGUCGAUGGCUUGCUCAAGACAGCAAACGGGAGGAUGAUAAUCUUCUAAAGGAUUAUCUUGAUUAUCAACUUCGUUCAUUGGGAAAAAUUCGAGACCAGGCUGAGUCAAAUAAUCGGCGAAAUUCUCGGGUUGUUGUAAUACAAUUCGAUCGCGAGGUUGUUCAAGUUCAGUCUGACGAACCGCAAGCCCAGUCUAGAGAACCACAGACCCAGUCUACUGGAACACAACGUUUCAAUCCGAUUGUUUUCGAUGCCGAAUGUAUCCUUCGGUUACUGAGAAAAGAAAGAGGGUAUGAUGUCGAAAACGGAAGCGAGAGCCCGCCAGAAAUGCCCAAAUCUACACACAGAGAGAAGAUUUUGAGUUAUGUACUGCUGAGCCCACUCAUGGUUGGCAUCCCCUCCUUUGCUUUAUUCACGACCGGUAUCUUGCUCCUCGCAUGGGAUAAACAACAUUUAGCGCUAAUUGUGGAAGGAUUUAGUAACUUGGCACUCGUUGCCGUGUUGUUCAGUGGUGUACAGGCUCAACUCAUUCAAAUUAUUGCGGAAGACACUGAUGGUCAGAAUACCCUGGAUAUCGCAACAAACGCUGUGUUCUACGGAGGUUUGGUAUUGUCGGUCUUUAGUGCUCUGUUGGCAUGCUUGUCUGGGAGGUGGUUUUCGAUCCUUCGAGAAGAUGACUCUGAGUACUUGUCGAGCUAUCGCCUAUGGGAAAAAAAGUUGUCAGAUGAUGCAGAAUGUGGUGACCUCUGUCUGGGUCUGAGCAAGGACUUACUAUUUGAUUUAGAUCCCGAAGAAAAGCAAUCUACCACCUCAACUGAAGACCCAGAAGGAUUAAAGAAUCCGAGGGAUGAAGACAUCAAACACAUGCUCGAGCUACUGGAGCGCGAUAUUCGGGAGAACGAAAGCGAAGCGACCAUGAAGGAAAAGCUCAUGAGCCAGAUUCUCCUGAGUGCUAUCUGGAUCUGCUCGGCGGCAUUCGUGUUAUUCUGCGCGGGUAUUGUCAUGCUCGUGUGGAAUAAGCAGCACAUCACAGUCGCCAUACUUACCUCGGCCCUAGUAUUCGUCUGCAUUUCGUUCAUUCCGAUGUUCUUCCUCAAGCACCGACGCAAGCAUGUUAUUAGUCACCUUAACCUCAAGCGACCUGCUCUCUAG